UUGGCUUCCUCUGUGUUUACACCAGUGUAACGUGCGCAGCUCGCGCCGGCAGAUGGUCCGCGUAACGUUCCCGCUCGGCUGACAUCCACUUCCUCCUCCAGGCUGAUGUUUCAUGUCAGAGCCGUGCCAGCCCUGACACGGGCCGGGGCAGACACCUCCUUUAAGCGGCUGCUCUGCAGCCGAAGACUCCGCUCCACCGUCACCUCGACCCCGGCGACCCAGGCGGAGCCGCGGGAGGAUGUCAGCAGCCGCGGCGGGGCUCGACAUGACUCGGCGAACUCGGGGUUCCCAGGACAGCCGGGGAGCGGAGGGAGAGACAGCACCACCAACACAACCUCCACCGCUGCUGCUAAUGAGAUCUCCGUAGACUUUGACCAGACACAGGAGGCUUAUAAGAGCAAAGACUCAUUAGAGCUGCUCAGAAGUUUGGUGGUUUUCAAACUCUGCUCCUAUGACCUCCUGGUUGAUAAGAAUAAAGAGAUAAUGGACCUAGGUCAGAAGAUCCUGGGCCAGAGAACCUUCAACCAGUUCAUGAAGAUGACAUUUUAUGGCCAGUUUGUCGCCGGUGAGGACCACAAGGACAUCAAGCCGCUGAUCCAGAAGAAUCAGGCCUUCGGUGUCGGCUCUGUCCUGGACUACAGCGUGGAGGAAGACAUCAGCCAAGAGGAGGCCGAGCAGAAAGAGAUGGACUCAUGCGUAUCCGCUGCUGAGAAGGAGAGCAAAGGUGAGGACCACAGAGAGAAUAAAUAUAAAGCACACAAACAAUUCGGGGACCGUCGUGGAGGUGUGACGGGAGCUCGCACGUAUUUCUAUGCGGAUGAGGCCAAAUGUGACCAGCAUAUGGAGACCUUCAUCAAAUGUAUUAAAGCAUCUGGUGGGAGUGCAAUGGACGGUUUCUCUGCCAUCAAAAUGACUGCUCUUGGACGGCCUCAGUUUCUGCUCCAGUUCUCAGAAGUACUGGUGAAAUGGAGGCGAUUUUUCACCUUCCUGGCAUCACAGCAGGGGAAAGACGACAUGGAGGCCUUAGAGCAGAGGCUGGAGCUCAAACAGAUGCAGGAAUUCCUGACCAAGCUCGGCGCAAAAGGUGACUUCUACGGCUGGUUUACGGGAAGGGAAGAGGAGUCUUCAGGAACCAUUGACUUGCUCGACUGGAACAGCCUAAUAGAUGACAGGACAAAGAUAUCGGACCUGCUGGUUGUCCCAAAUGUAGAGCUAGGUGAGCUGGAGCCUCUGCUGGAGAAGUUCACUGAAGAGGAGGAGAAACAAAUGAAGAGGAUGUUACAGCGCAUGGACGUCUUAGCCAAGCAUGCCGUCGAGAACGGUGUCCGCUUGAUGGUGGAUGCAGAGCAAACCUACUUCCAGCCAGCUAUCAGCAGACUCACAUUAGAGAUGCAGAGGAUCUACAACAAAGAAAAGCCUGUCAUCUUCAACACCUACCAGUGUUAUCUUAAGGAGGCCUACGACAACGUCACCAUGGAUGUGGAAUUGUCUCGACGUGAAGGUUGGGGUUUCGCUGCCAAGCUGGUGCGUGGGGCCUACAUGUAUCAGGAGCGAGAGAGGGCCAAAGACAUUGGUUAUGAGGACCCCAUUAACCCUGAUUAUGAGUCGACCAAUAUAAUGUACCACAGGUGUCUGGACUAUGUGCUGGACGAGAUAGUGCUCAACAGAAAUGCCAACGUCAUGGUGGCUUCCCAUAAUGAGGACACAGUGAAACACACUUUGAGGAGAAUGAAUGAGCUGGGCCUCUUGCCCACAGAGAACAAGGUGUACUUCGGUCAACUACUGGGCAUGUGUGAUCAGAUCAGCUUCCCACUGGGCCAGGCAGGCUUCCCCGUCUAUAAGUACGUUCCCUACGGACCCGUGAAUGAGGUGAUGCCCUACCUGUCUCGGAGAGCCCAGGAGAACCGAGGCUUCAUGAAGGGUGCCCAGAAGGAGAGGGAGCUGCUGUGGAAGGAGCUGAAACGCAGACUUGCCUCUGGGGAGCUUCUCUACAGGCCAGUGUACUGAAAACACAGAAGAAGAGACAAAGAGUGUGUCAACGUGUCGAAUUUUUUAUUUUAUUUUUCAUCUUCUCGAGUUGACGGCUGGUGCUGUGGUUGUCUGUUCUGUCUCUCCCUCUGUACGGCUCUCCCUGGAUGUUCAUCUCCUGUUCCACCCUGUCCUGGAGUUUUCAUGCUGACAGACUGUUUCAGCAUGUCGCUCUCUUGUUGUGUCUUUGCACUGUUGUUUUUCCCUCCGCUCUGUGAUGUUACCCACCAUCCUGCCUUUUGUGUACUGCCCAUGUUCUCUCUGUUUCCUCGCCUUAUCCGCCCCUGCAUCCAUAAGCAUUCCUCAUUUUGUCUUCCCGUUGUCUGCAGAGCUCUGGUAUCCAUCAAGUGGGCAUCUUUACUGCUCCAAAAGGACUCCCUAAAAUGUCAACGAGACCGGGGCGGGCGUCUCUUUUUAUCACCCUAUUCAUCUUUGAGAGGGACAACAAUAAUAAAAAUAACAGGCUUGAUUUAAAUGGUAGUAAAGGAAACAUCAAUAUUCCCCUCCUAUAUUAUGAUUUUUUGACUCUUGGAUGGCCACGCAGUCCCCGGAGGAGGCUUCUCUGCUCUGUGUAUUUGUGUUUGAGGUCGUAUUGCUUGUUUGAAAAUGAUGCCUGUUUAUGAAUCAAUGAGAAAGUAUAAAUGGCUCCUCACAGCACAUCCCUCUUCUUCUAAGCGUGCAAUGCUUCUGUUAUUGUAUUUACUGGAGGAAGCUAUAUUCUUGGUCACUGAGGUGUUACAAGAGAACAUACAGUGUUCAGUAUUCAGGGAGUGAAUCUGCUUUUAAUACAGAUGCCUGCAAGUCUGGCAGGUUGUUUUAUUUUUUCAUUUCAAGGGAAUAAUAUGUUAGAGGGUUGACUUUCUCUUCUAUUGCAUUUUGAUGGAUUAACACUGCAGUUUUUUAUCUUUGACAAUGUAAAUAUGUUUGAAGCAGGUAAUUCUAUUUGUUGGUUUUACAUGUCUCACUUUAUGGACCUGUGAAAUUGCUCAAUGAAUAAAUAUGCACUGUAAGAACAGCAAAA